CCGGAGGUGUUGGCUGGUGUUCAAGAAGGCCUCCAGUAAAGGUCCGCGACGGUUAGAGAAGUACCCGGACGAGAAGGCAGCCUACUUCAGGAACUUCCACAAGAACACCGAGCUCCAUAACGUAAAGAACAUUACCCGGAUGCCGCGGGAGACAAAAAAGCACGCUGUGGCGAUCAUCUUCUGUGACGACACAUCCAAGACGUUUGCCUGUGAAUCGGAGCUGGAUGCAGAGGAAUGGUGCAAGCUGCUGUGCGUGGAGUGCCUGGGCAGCCGCCUCAACGACAUCAGCCUGGGAGAGCCAGACCUGUUAGCAGCGGGGGUGCAGCGGGAGCAGAACGAGCGCUUCAACGUGUACCUCAUGCCCACUCCUAACCUGGACAUCUACGGGGAGUGCACCAUGCAGAUCACCCAUGAAAACAUCUACCUGUGGGACAUACACAACGCUCGCCUCAAACUCGUCAUGUGGCCUCUCAGCUCCCUGCGCCGAUACGGACGAGACUCCACCUGGUUCACUUUUGAGUCCGGAAGGAUGUGUGACACAGGAGAGGGUUUGUUCACGUUCCAGACGCGGGAGGGGGAGAUGAUCUACCAGCGGGUCCACUCGGCCACGCUGGCCAUUGCCCAGCAGCACGAGAGGAUGAUGGAGGAGAUGGAAAAGAGUUCCCAGAUCCACCCCAGAGAAACGCUAACCAAGUCCAUCUCCCUGCCGCGCAGCGCCUACUGGCAGCACAUUACGCGUCAGAACAGCGUGGGAGAUCUCUACGGUUACCAAGGAAGCGGCCUGACAAUGACUUUUAUCCCUCGAGCGCAGACGUUCCCCAGCUUUCUGUCUGACGAGCAGGAGGAGAGACACCACCAGGAACAGGCGCCGUCGCCCUCUGGUGGCCCCGACUCCAGCUGCAGCCUGACAGCCCUUCAAUGACAAAGAGCUGAUCCACCAAAAGCGGACACUUUCCCCAACGCCGUGGAGCGGAUGUAGAAAAAUGUAUAGUCACACGUGUAAUAUAUUGUUUUCUGGUGAUGCUUAAACAAUGGGGGUCAGCAAGUAAUAGCGAAAGACAUGUGGAAAAGGAUCCGGAAAAAAGGACCUUUUGUGUGUGUGCGCUGUGCAGCAGUAGCUUCAGAAAUUGCACCAAGAAUUCUGUAGGUGUAGUUUUGAUGUGUUUUUAUCUGUUGUCAUUAUACUGCUAAAGCCAGCAGGACCUCCUUUUUUUUCAAAUUACUGCAUUACCUUAAAAAGUAGGAGGUACAAACACACUUUUUAAAACUAUGUUAAAAAUGCCUUUGUUCUGCAAUCGAUGGAAUCGCACAAGACUCAGCCCAACACGUGCUCAGCCACCGUUUUAAAAGAAUGUCCACACUUUUUGACACAUAAUCCUCCGAAACUCACUGCACUUUGACAAAUUCUCAUCAUUCUAGAGAUGCAGCAAUGUCGUACAUACAGACAACUAAACUUAGAUGGCAGUGAUGAGUCGGCUAAAACAAUGAGUCAGUUACGGGCCCUCAAAGGGAGAAAGUCAUUCCGGCCCAAAGCGAUAUUGGAGUAGACGGGCAUGAAAGAAAUGGGAAAAUGGCCCCUUCUCGUUUAAACCGGCAAACAUACUCUACACUAGCAGAUCAGUGAUUUGAUUUAAAACGCUGUUGUACCAAUAACCGGUUUAUUAGGGAAGAGUUUUGGUAACCUGAGUUACAAAGUAGAUCAUGAAAAGCAAAAUCAUGGGGAUUUUUGCCCAGCUGGUAUAUUCAGAUAAAUAUUUAGAAAGCAUAUUAGCAUCAUAAAGUGCAUUUCACUAAGAAAAUAGUGUAUGUCAUAAAAGCAAUAGGAAAUUAGCUUUCUUGAGGUAUCCAUCUUUAACAGAGGUUAUUCCAAAAAAAAACUUCUAUCAUGAUGCUUUCCAUCAUUAGCAGCUGAAUAGAAGCCAGGAAGAAAUGCUGUUAAUGGUCACUGUCACCGAGAUAUCCCCAAUUGUGGCAUCAAAGUGGCCGUUUGUCACAGAGUCUGUGGCGAUAACAUCCUCGAGUAAGAAGUGCCUUCCCGACGCAGCGCGCAGAGCGUAGGAGCCGACCAAAGCAGCUUCUUUUGGACUUUUGAGUUUAGCUCUGCAGCUAACCUUCAGCCCAUUUUGAAAAGUGUCAAAACACUGUCCAGCCAGCUGUGAAAUGCCACAUCUGCCCGGAAAACAUGAAGCAAAAUCCAUUCCAGAGCUCUUUUGGAAAGUUGAGAAAGACACUUGUUUGCCUGCUGGUUGCCGUCAGCAGACACUUGUUCAUCGAUUUUAAGCGUUUGUUCUUUUCGAUACGUUAUCUUAAAGGCAAGAAUUUGAAAAUUCCAGCAGCGGCUAUGGAGUUAAAAAGGAUCCAAUGACAAUCAGUUUGAGGCAGCAAAGUCCUCCUUUAAUGUCAGAUAUAUUUAAAUGUGUUUUAGUUGUUGUUAAAAGAUCCCUGUGGAACUGGGGACACACGUACAAGCACUUAUUUUGUGUUGAAGUUAUGUUUUGCGGUCAGUCACUUUACUUUGUGUAUUGUAAUUAAAAAGGACUCAACCUUCAUAUUCAAUUGAGCCUCGAACAAAGUGCCCAUCUUUAAAAGCGUCUACGUCACAUAGUAACAGGAUGCAGAAGGACAGUUGUUGACACAUCUGGCUACAUUUAUCCCCGAGUUGCUCUGGAGCUCAAGUGUGGUUAAUACAUGUGUAAUAGUUCCACCACAUCUGGAACAUUAGACAAACACUGAAGAAAGUUUACGUUAUCGUUUGUGAAUUUGGUUUUUUUAUGUUGCCAUUCACUUGUUUGUGGGUAUGAUGUGUUUCUGUUUGUUGUUGCUUCAGUAGCUUUUAUGAUGAUGACUUUCUUUGUCUUAUCACGUUUUGUGUUCUGAUCCUGUCAGAUUAUAUGUUAAUAGCACUUUGAAAACAUCGAGUGUAGGAGUACAGUUUUUUUGCUAAAUGUAAAUAUGUAACGUUUUUCAUGACAAAAGAGUAAUAAAUUUAAUGUUCUAUCAUGUAUCGGCAUAAUUUAACAAUAUGUUGCUGUUCAAUGUUGAAUGCAAGGUAAGUGGAAUUGUCUGAUAUCUUUGGGAAAAUGUACAUAUUUGUUUUACUAAAAGAUUAGUAGAAAGUUAGUUUCUCCAAAGCUAAAUCCACACACUCGGAAGGGAUGAAAAAAAUAUAAAGAUUUCUUUGACGAAACCUGAACAAUUUGUGCAAACAAGUCACGGUCUUGAUGCUUAGCUAAAACACUGCUUCAUAUUGCGUACCUUUUAGUAGAAACGU